UUUCAUUUUUUUUUUGUAUUACCUCCCUUUUUUCUAACUUGUACACAUACUUAACACACUCUAAACAUGUUUACCGGGCUUACUUACAAUCGGAAAACUACUACGACUGUCACUUAUAGACGUAAACCACGAUUCGAUCCUGUGGUAAAUCUUUCAAGUGAUGACGAUUCCGAUUUGGAGGAGCCCUCCAAACUUGUUCCUUCGUCCCGAUCGCCACAGAUUAUACUUGAAAACAACAAUAACACAGUCAGCGUUGCAACCACGCAGAAUCCAACGUCCAAUGUCCUGAACAAUAAGAAAUCUGAGGACAGGAGCUCUGAGGAUAAUGAAAAGGGCAGUUCUUCUCCUUCCACCAUCAACGACGCAACACAACAAGGAGUAGGUGCGACACAACCACCACCAACACUGCUUCCGCUAACGUCACUGCCACCACCCCCAUCCGUACCGGCAGCGCCUACUUAUCUACCAUCGCCACAACAGCAGCCACUGCCGUAUAUGCCACCGUUUUUAAUUCCAUCAUAUCCUUUACCAUCAAUAGCAGCAAAUGAGCAACAACCGGAUAUGCUGUCUUUGGGAACCUAUACAGCAAAUCAAUCGAUAACGCAAGGGCAACAGCUGCUGUAUCAUCAGCAGGAACAGCAGGUGCUUGAUAUGCCAUUCUCUAUACCAUUGCCACUGCCAUAUCCUCAACUAGACGCGGUAUCUUGGGCUAAUACAUAUGACCAAAGCAUAUCCAUGACACAAGUGUCUGAUCCUUUAUCUCAGUUCCAAUCAGAACAGCAGCAACAGAAGUUUAUCUCUUUGGGUAUGCAGGAGCGAAGUGACACACCAACGUCAUUGCCUCCUAUAUAUGACCAUUUCAUGCUCACGCAGCAACAACAGCAACAGCGAUCCGCAUCAGGAUGUAAUACUAGUUGUACGUUGAACAACAACGACGACGACGCUACUGAUAGAGAAAUAAAUGUCGUACAAGCAGAAUCCAGAGCACAGAACCAGCAGCAAGCAGAACCAGCGCCUCCAGACGACAAUUCACCCCCUUCUUCCGCGUUUGAUAUAUUUGCCAUCCCUGAACUCCCCAUCAUACCUCGUCGCGCCGCAAAAGUACCACUUGACAAACAACAACCAUCUUCAAUACCAUCAUCAAAACUUAAAGAGCCUGCUGAAGCUGCACUACCCGACGUUUUUGAUAUCAACCAAAAGAUCGACAAUGUCGCUAAUCGAACAACAAAGCACCAGCCACCAUCGCCACCGUCAGCACCAUCACAAAAGGACGGCGCUUCAUCUGACGUGUUUGAUAUAUCUGAAUCUAAUGUCGCUUCACACAAGGCACCAACAAGAUCAACGCAAAAAGGCGACGACGACAAUCUGUUUGAUAUAUUCGAUUUUCCUGAAAAGGACGAUACCAACAUCCUCGAACUUAAACUCGUGUCCACGUCAUUGUCAUCCUCACCCGGCUCCUCUACCUCAUACUCAUCAUCACCUGCUCCUGCUAAACAACCACGUACCAAACCAUUAAAACGAUCCUUGUCUCAAGUUGCUUCUUCCCCCUCUCCAUCGCCAUCCUCAUUACCAUCGCAGUCGUCAUCAUCUUCAACAUCCAGUAACGUAGCAAGAACACCAACAACAAAACCAUUAAGAACAGCACGAUCCCAACGACGUACAUUAUCCCAGUCGAAAAAAUCUAAGAGCGACACAUCAACGACAUCAUCAUCACUAUCAACAGGCGGAGGAAGUGGAAGACGCGUCCGUUUCGCACCAGAUAUUCUGGUCAGUACAUUUCAUCGAAUGUCAUUUGAUCGAUCACAACCGAUUUCUGAGCCGACGACAUUUGCCAAGUCUGAAGAGCAAGAAAAGAUUUCACUUUCUGUGCUAUCAAACAUCACAGCAGCACCAUCAUCAUCUACCCAACCGCCAGCGAAACGAAAACGGAAUCUGGUUUCUAGGUUACGCAGUGCUACGGGUGAGCAAGCAUCGUCUGCAACGAGCCCUUCAUUACGGAGAUACAACUUUGAUGAUGAAGAAGACGAUGAUGAUGUUGUUGACGAGAAAGACCGAAAUUCUGGUGUGAUUGGUGCAACUCAAUCGAUGGAUGAAGACGAACAAGAAUAUCGCGCACGAAUGGAACGCGAAUUGGUUGCUAUUAUGGAGAGCGACUUUGGUCAAGAUGAUGACGAAGAAGAAGGCCAGGAAAAUGCCGCCGGCUACGGUGGCGGCUUAACAAGACCACUCUAUCAGCCCAAGAACACCAUGGAUGUUCGAGUCACUUACCAGAGAAAAAGCAAAAAUGCGUCACAACAAGAACAGCAACAGCAACAGCAGCAGGGCCAUGAUCGGGAAAUUGCCGAGUUGGAUAAUCUCUUGGAUAAAUUACGCGCAGGCGGCUCUGAUUUGUAA